UCUCUGAAAGGGUUCAGUUCAAGUAUCAGCACAGCAGCCUGGAAGACUUGGGAUAAGGCAGAGUAUGGAAGGCUUAGAUGAACUGUCCUGGCUGCGGCAGGACCACAUUGCCCCACACAUAAAUUAGCUGGGACGUAACUACCCUAGAUUGUCCCAUUUGAGGUUAGAUCAACCCCAGACAUGAACUAAGACUCCUCAGAGCUCUUGGAUUAGUCACAGCAUUGAAGAGAAGAUUUCAGGAGGGAGCUACACCUGGCAGGGAGUCUGGAGUUUCUGGUUUGGAAGCUCAGGGAGGCGGGAGGCAGGGGAGGGGCCUCCAGUUAGUGGGAGGGCUGGUGACUGGAGCUGAGCCCCAGUCAGCUGUGUGGCCCAGGCCUGUGGAAGCCCAGACCGUCCAGGACAAAGGAUAUCAACAGUCUCCUGAAUUCACGCAAGGGGACACUCCACUUGGGUCACCUGCUGCUCACUGCAUUUGUCAUUCUGAGGUCUCUGCUGAUCCUACACCCCAAAGAUGGAGGUACUGCUGGGAGUAAAAAUUGGCUGCCUGCUUGCCCUUCUGGUUCUCACCCUGGGCUGUGGCCUUACUCCCAUCUGCUUCAAAUGGUUCCAGAUGGAUGCAGCUACAGGUCGUCACUACAGAGUUCUCAGCCUCCUGGGCUGCGUCUCUGCCGGGAUCUUUCUGGGAGCCGGUUUGAUGCAUAUGACUGCUGAAGCCCUGGAGGGCAUUGAAUCAGAAAUUGAGAAAUUCAUGGUGCAGAAUAGUACAGGAAGUGAGGGAAAUUCUUCUCAUGAUGCCGCUUCCAGUUCCGUGGAGUAUCCCUAUGGAGAGCUCGUCAUCUCCCUGGGCUUUUUCUUCGUCUUCCUUUUGGAGUCGCUGGCACUGCAGUACUGCCAUGGGGAUGCUGGAAGAUCCACCGUGCAGGAAGAGGAAUGGGGAGGGACCCAUGCCUUUGGAUUCCACAAGCACCUGCCUGUGCCUUCACCCUCACUGGGUCCCCUGCGCGCCCUCAUCCUCCUGCUCUCUCUGUCCUUUCACUCCGUGUUUGAAGGUCUAGCUGUGGGUCUGCAGACAUCAGUGGCCGCUACUAUACAGCUCUGUGUUGCUGUUCUGGCUCAUAAGGGGCUCGUGGUGUUCAGUGUAGGCCUCCGGCUGCUGAAGAUUGGCACCGGGACACGGUGGGCCGUGUUCUGCAUACUGUCUUUUGCACUCAUGUCUCCUGUGGGCCUAGCCCUAGGGAUGACUGUGACUGGAGGGGCCUCAGGACCAGCGCAGGGAUUAGCCCAGGCUGUACUAGAGGGAGUAGCAGCUGGCACAUUCCUGUAUGUCACCUUCCUAGAAAUUUUGCCCCGGGAGCUGGCCUGUCCUGAGGCCCCUCUGGCCAAGUAUGGCUGUGUGGCGGCUGGUUUUGCCUUCAUGGCUCUUAUUGCACUGUGGGCCUGAGAGAUUCCUCACUGCUCUGAUGGACCUAUCUAGGAUGGCUUCUCCUGAGGACACCCCUAAAUGACUUUGGUCCUCAGACACUUUUUCAGUGAGACUAAGCAUUUACUAGGCACGGACUCUCCCAGAUUUUCUCUGUGUGAGACCCUGUUCUUGCUCAAGACUUAGAAAGGAUGUUUUGUCUGAGUGCCUAUUUAACUGGAACAUUGGUGUCAAGACCAUCACUCCGGGGUUGCUAUGAUGUGUAAUAAAAUGCCCAUUUUUCCCUCUCCCUUCAA